ACUUGGUUUGGCUCGAAAAAGACGUAAAAAGUGGAAAUUUAUCAACUUAUUAAUUGAACAAUUUCGUGAUAAAAGCAAAUUAGAAUCGUUUGCAUCUUCCACCGUCAUUCCCGCUGGAAAAGUAACCGUACCCGGCUGUUCAAACUGCGCAAACCGUAGAAAACUGCAGCCAGAUCCAGAAACGCCGGGGCUGAAAGACCGGAAAAGGAUUCUACCUUUUUCUUUAUCUAAGAAGGAUCCUUUUGCCCCGGGAACCAAUCAACCAAAGAGCCCAAAAAUCUCCGAGAACCAAAAAUCCCAGAAGAAAUCCGGUUGUCUCGAACGGAAACCAACGGAAACUCCUCCUAGGAGUGUUAAGGUUUGUAAUUCCGCAAGAACCUGUUGCUUUGACGAUCGAAUUCCCCUUUCAAUAACCAUCUCGGAAAGCUCUGCUGCAAUUAAGAUUACGGAUACCGUUUUUAGCUACCAAACAGAUCGAAAAGAUCCGGCUUAACUCAAAUCGGGAAUAUCCGUAUCGGGACGCCGGGUAGAGAAUGUCCUUUCGAAAAUUGUUAUGAAAGAACUGUUCUUUAGGGCGAUGAAUUAGUGAAACAUCUUAGUUUUAUGUUAUUGAAUGCAGCUGCUAAUAUUCCGAGAAGAGUUUAAUGCUGGUGAAUUGGUGUUGCUGUUGUAUAAGCAAUAAGCAAGAGUGCAUAAAAAUUUGAUAACAUUAGCAAAUUGCAUUUAACUAGUUAUCCUUAUAUCUUCAAAGAACAAGUCAAUGGCCUAAUGGUGAGAAAAAGAUAAAGUUGAAAUUGUAAUCUGGAAACAUUAAAGUUGAAAAAAGGCCUGAUUUAAAUUCUGAAAUUCUCAUGUGAAAAGAGCAGAACUAGGUUUUGCGACGAUCUGUUGCGGAGGCAUGUGGAUUUUACCAGCAGUUGGAAGCUGGAAUCAAUAGCCGUACUGGGGUGCAUAAAAAAAUGUCUACCCGGUUUUGCAGGCGUUUUUCUGCAGAAGCAUCCAAAAAAGUGUGCACAAAAUGGAAAAGUGUCGUUGGACUGGAGGUGCACGCACAAAUCAACACGAAGACAAAACUUUUCUCCGGUGCAAAAUCGGAAUUCGGUUCAGCGGUGAAUUCGUGUGUAUCCUUGUUCGACGCCUCGAUUCCCGGCACUUUGCCGGUGCUGAACAGAAACGCCGUAGAACUGGGAGUCCAGACGGCACUGGCGCUAGGAUGUAAGCUGAACGCGGUUUCGAUGUUUGAUCGCAAACAUUAUUUCUACGCCGAUUUGCCUGCCGGUUACCAAAUCACUCAGCAACGAGCCCCCCUUGCUCGCAGAGGAUCACUCAUGUUUCCCGUGUUCGUGCCAGGCGUUAGUAGAAGUCCAUACUACAAGACGGCUCGAAUCCACCAGCUGCAACUGGAGCAAGACUCGGGAAAAUCGUUGCACGAUCCCGUCGAGAGAAAAAGUUUAGUGGACCUUAAUCGCGCCGGUGUACCUCUCAUGGAAGUGGUUUUCGAACCGGACUUGGAAACUGGCGAAGAAGCGGCGGCUUUAGUGAAGGAGUUAAUUUUGAUACUAACUCGGUUGAAUAGCUGUUCGUGUCGGAUGGAAGAGGGUGCAUUACGUGUAGAUGCAAAUAUAUCAAUUCAUGAGGAAAACACCGCACUCGGGACGAGAACAGAAGUAAAAAACAUUGGUUCAGUGCGAGCCGUGGCACAAGCGGUGGAUUACGAAAUAAAACGCCAAAUUGGUAUUUUAAACAACGGAGGAAUUAUUCACAAUGAAACGCGAGCAUGGGAUGCUGCUGCGCGUGUUACGGUACCAAUGAGAGACAAAGAGGUAGUGCAGGAUUAUCGGUUUAUGCCGGAGCCCAAUCUGCCACCGUUACACCUGAAAAUCAGCGAAGACUCAACUAACCCUGACUCGGAACAGGGGGAUGUGAUUGAUGUCCCUAAAAUGAGACAUUUACUCCCAGAGUUACCCGAGGAAACGCGCCAAAGAAUGAUUGCUGAGCAUCGCCUCACACCGAUAAUCGCUAUGACGCUUGUUAACGAAUUAAACCUUUACGACCACUUUCGCAGCAUACUCCAAGAGCACGGUAGCAGGCUUUCGUCCAAGUUGGUAGCAAAUUUUCUUAUUAAUGACUAUAUUACCAUUUUGAAUCGCAACAAAAUGGAACCUUCUUCGUGUACGAUCACGUCCUCGCAGCUGGCCAGGAUUGUCGAUUUGUUGCAGCAAAACCGACUGAACGCGCACUACGCACGAGCAGUACUGCAGAAACUGGUGGAUACGAAGGAAGGAGAAGCAUCGCAAAUAUGUCCAGAAGCGAUCGUGAGAUCAAAUAAUUGGUUUCUCAUUACGGAGGAGUCGCAAAUUAAGCAGUACCUUCGUCAAGCCGUUGAUGCUAAUCCUCAGUUGGUGGCAAAAUAUCGCAAAGGAAAGGACAAAAUGCUGUAUGCGCUGGCUGGUGAGGUGGCGAAGACUAGUGAGCAAAAGAUUGACAUGGCUAGAGCAGUGGAACUGUUGAAGGAAAUGUUAAAAUCAGGAUGAAGAACGGAUACAUGGGAGCAUUAGAACAUAAUAAAGAGAUA